AUGGAAAGGCAGCCCGCGAGGGGAGGCCCCCCAAACGGACAAUCCACUCAGGAGGAGGAGCAAAGAAAGAGGAAGCUAAAAGCGCUGAGGAUACACAAGCCAGCAUUCAUGCAACAAAGAAGUGGCAAAAAAACCUCGCGAAAUGACCUGUCCUUUAAAAAUGAUUAUAACAGUAGCGAAUACGUGGAGUGCUCGGAGAAGGAGAGGGAGUUGAAGGGAGCAGAGCAAUACACCCUGGUGGAGGACCUAUACAAGGCACACAUCUACAGUAGAGCCUUCACCACCCUGUAUAACCAAUACAGGACGAGACAUAAAAUUUCGAGUGACUUUCUUCACGUGAUGAUUCGAGCGGUGAGGAGCUCCAUCCUAGAGAGAGUAAACCCCACGCUGGUGAAUGAGUUUGCCAAUUUCAAGAAUCCAUAUAUGCUCAUGAAACAUGCCUUGGAAAACGCCAUCCUCCAUGGACAUGUAAAGAACCCGUAUGAGGAGUCGCUCAUUUGCGAGCAUCUCAAGAGGAAGACGCACCUGAACGUUUUGAAGUUGAAUAGCGCCGAGGUGCCCGUGGAGGUCUAUGAGCCCCUGGCUUCCUUUCGCGGGGAUGUACAUUAUAAUUACGACGUGCGGGAGAAGUUCGCCGGCAUUGUGCGCACCCAGCUGGGCAUACUGGGCGUGCUCGCGGGGGGGGGCUCCAUUGGUGACGCGGACAGGAGGAGCAGCUCUGUUGGUGGUGCGGACUGGAGGAGCAACUCUGUUGGUGGUGCGGACAGGAGGAGCAGCUCUGGUGGUGACGCGGGCAGGAUUCGCAGCUCUGGUGAUGAGGCUACGGGCCCCGCUUCCAGUUCCGCCCAGCUCAACGCCGUGCUGCGAAUCCUGCCCGAGAACCUCCGCGCGCCGUUCCAAAACUACCCCUUCGACAAUCUCAAAGCGCUGAAGACGCAAAUGAGGAAGACGUACAUGGGGGGCAUCAAAAACAGCAAGCCAAUCAGCGUGGAGGACGAAGAGCUGAGCCAUAUGAGGUACCCCAACCUACAGUCAGUCGCUCAUUCGUUGCCAGCCGAUCCAAAGUACAGAGCCAACGUCAUACAUGCCAUUAAAGUUUUGGAGCGAUCAAAGCAUUGGGAUCACGCCAGCAAAAUAAAAGCCAUAAAUACACUAGUGGACGUUUGGAAUGACAUGCACUCCAGUGAGCACUAUGAGGACUUGAUGGAUAAGUGCCUCCCCGUUAUCUACUCGAAGGAUAUGCUGCGCAAGACGAAGACUCGGCAGGACGCGUACAACCGCGGGCUGGUCUACGUGCAGUCCCUCACCACGCAGAAGCCGCUCGGCGCGCGCCAGAAAAAGGGGUAG